UAACCACUUCCGAAGCUAACACAGAGGCAGCCAUCGAUGUUCCUCUGAGAAAGACGAUUCUCUCACGUUACUCUUCUUCAACCUCAGGCCACCACACCACACUCUCUUCAACUACACACAAAUCAAUCUCAUUCAAUUCUUCAAUUCCGCAGUUCAUUUUCAUCCCCCUUUCGAAUUCCCAAAUUAGGAUUAGGGUUUUUUUCUGGGUUUUCCAGAACCCUAGUUCUCAAAGAAAUGGUUCAACAAUCGGUGCUAGCAAUAACAAAGCAAGAGGGCUCAGAUUCUUCUUCUUCAAGCGCAGCGUUAUCCGCGGGAAUGUUCGACUGGGUGUUCAAGUGCCAUGGGUUCUGGCACAAUGCGGUGUUGAUCAUCGCCUCUUUCCUCUUCGUCUUGUACUUGGCAUUGCAAGCGAAGCAGAGCUUCCGCAAGCUCUCUCAUGGUCGCUCGCAUAUUAUAAUCUCGUAUUACGCCACCCUCUGGCUUGUCAGCAUCCUCAAUCUUGCUUGGUGUUCUUUUCAGGUAUGGGAGUGCUCUCCUGGGAAAGAGCUUGCAUGGAACUUGUUAUCCUUGUUUACUUCAUCUGGAAUGCUGUUUCUAGAAGUGAGCUUGCUGGCUUUUUUACUUCAAGGGAAUAAUGCUAGUGGCUUAGAAGCGUUGACCCGGACUUUUGGUAUAUCAGGGGUCAUUGUUGGUUUUGACAUCUUGUUAAAGGGUAUAUAUCUUUUUGCAUUUGGGAUCCCGUUAUUCAUCGACACCGAUCACAGUAUUCCUCACGUGAAGUGGAACUUGUGGGUUGUUCACAAGCUGGUGCUCACCCUUGUUUAUGGAUUAAUAUUGUUCAUGUAUCAUUCUAGGUGGAGAGAAAGGUUACCUGCAAGACCUGCGUUCUACAAGUAUGUUACUGUUAUGUUCAUCUUGAAUGCAAUUGCACUUUUUGCUUGUGGUCUAACUGGAAGUGGAGCUGCUUUUGGUUUCUGGUUCUAUCGCGUCACAGUUGUAUGUUACCACGCCUUUUAUCUUCCUCUGCUGUAUAUAACAUUUCUAGCAGACUUUUUCCAGGAGGAGGACUUGAACUUGGAGAAUGUGUAUUACUCUGAAAUGAAAGAUGCUGGUUUCUUCGAAUCAGAUUGGAACUAAUGUGGGCAUCAAAAGUUAGAUUAGUUUAAUAACUGCCAGACACCCAGUUCACGAAAUAUGUAAAUAAAAUAAAUGUUAGUCGAUUGUAUUAAGUAUAAAUUUUCUUUUAAACGUGUUGGUCUUGAGUGUAUUGUUUUUCACCAGAUUACAACGUCUUCGGUUCUGUUAGUGCAAUGCAUCAGUUUCUUCGAAAAGGAAUAAA